CUCAUUAAAAAAGUUAACAUUUUUCAAUUGCAUAAGAAUGUCGUGUGGAAAAUGUCGCGGACACAAGGAGAAGAGUGUGAAGUGCCUCAUAGCCGCAUUGGACACUGUCAAACAGCACGCUCUUAUGAUGGAACGAGAUUCGGAGGAGAACGCCCGGACCAUAGAAAACCUGCAGGCCCGCAAUGAAAAGCUGCACAAGGAGUUGGACUUGCUAAAAGAUCGUCAGGAAUUCAUAAUUCCCGCAGGAAAACGCAGGUUACUGUCGCUAAAAAUGAUUAAGGAUGACAUUUCUCCGCAGCCACAAAGCCAGGAUUCCUUGAACGUGAACAUAGCCAUCAGCAGUAUUGACCUUUCCGACGAAGAUCAGGAAAUGAAGGAAGAUGAAAUCAUUGCGGAAACGCAGACUAACGUACCAAGCCCGCGUAAACUGCAACUACCUAACCGGAAGCCGAACAUCCGGAAUUUAAAGCAGACAAGCAACGUUUGGAUUAGUAAGCCGUCCAAUAAUGCAGGAGUUCUCCCCAAAUUGUCACUACCUCACAAAAGUUCCAACUUAAAACAAACACGCCUUAAAUUCAAAGCAGUUCAGACGAGCACUACCAAAAACGAUUUGAUGGAGGAAAGCAGCCCCAGUUUGAGCCUUAAAAGGUCUUGGCCCCCAAGACCUUUAGUGCAAAGGACGGGCAACGUGGGCGUCUUAAGCGCUGACGACUUGCCUACUACCAGCAGUCGUAAUAUCACCAGCAAGUCCACUUUUGAGAAGAAGUCAAUGGGCACCAUGGAUGUUCUUGCCGAAAUUAUGAAGGACGACGACGAAGACUGUUCAAGCGCCUUAAAGCAGUUUGAGCAAGACAUGAUUGACCAGCAGAAGCAUCGUCUAUCAAAUCGAACUAAAGUGGAAAAAGCCACUCCAGUUGUAAAAGCUGUUAAUACCGAACCCGUAUCGCAGCCAGAAAUAGAAGUGGGCAAUGAAUCAACAAAACUCUCGCAGGAUACCGGGAAGUAUCUAAUGAAAACAAAAGAAGAGGAUACAACGGACUCGGAGGAGGAGUUUCCGCGGCCUUUUUUGGUCAAAGAAGAACCUGAAUUGUCGGCAAAAGAUCGUUUCAAUAUUGAAUCAACAAAACUCUUGCAGGAUAAGUAUCUAAUGGAAACAAAAGAAAAGGAUACAACGGACUCGGAGGAGGAGUUUCCGCGGCCUUUUUUGAUUAAAGAAGAACCUGAAUUGUCGGCAAAAGAUCGUUUCAAUAUUGAAUGUGUGGAGUGCGAAAAGUUGAUAAAUUUCAUGGGCUCAAAUUUGACUGAUGAGAAGAUCGAAAAGUAUUUGGCCAACUGUAAACACGUAAAUGUACGUAGUAACACGCCACCGGGAUUCUGGAAUCCUCACAUGGUUACCUUUGCCGAAGACGAUCCCCGUAACGAGAUUUUGAUAGACAAUAGGUUUAGGGACCAGCAAAAAGGAAAAAUGACAUUAAAGAAAUAAUUAGGUUGUUCCAUUUCGACCUUUUCA